AUGUAUUUAUUAUUAAAAUUUGCCAGAGCCUAUCCUAAAUUAACAAUUCUACUAGUUCUCUAUCUCGUUAGUACCGCCUAUUUUUUAUCAAAAAAAGGCCUUAUUGAUGAUCAAAAUCAACAGUCGCACGGGAGAGCACGAUCACUUUUCAAUAAACUACAUGUGGAAAUACCACUAUUAUACAAAGGACGAUCUUCAGACACACAGGCUCUUCCGUUAUAUGAACCACCAAGUCGAACAUUUCAAGUGCCACCGUUUAAUGUACCCUACGUUUUAACACACGUAUGGAUACCCCGGGAACUUAAACUCAUUGUAUUUGUACAAGGUAUUGAAAUAAAGAGAAGUAUCACUCAUUGUGUUGUUGGUAACCAACCACUAAGGCGAGUAUUACAACAAAAUUAUGUUUAUGAAUGUUUGUUUCAAUCAGAUGAAGAAGCACAGAGUUUAGACGGUCAAUUUGUAACACUUGAAACUCGUCACAGAGGUCUCUUACCAACAAAAACAAAAUUCAGAUAUCGUCCAAAUACAUCACAACCUUUGGAAAAAAAAUAUUAUUUAUGUGCUGCAACACAAAUUCUAAAUCAAUCACUUUAUUUAGAAGAUUGGCUUGUUUAUCAUAAAAAACUUGGUAUUGAAUAUUUUUUUCUAUACGAUAAUGACAGUAAAGAUAAUACUACAAGUAUUGCACAAUCACCAACUGUUAAUACGUAUGUUCAAAUGCUCUAUUGGCCAUGGAUUGACAGUCAACCACAAGCUUUCGUUCAUGCUAAAGUACUUGCCGAUACUCAAUGUGACUGGACAUUAUUUUUUGAUGUUGACGAAUAUGUUUUUGUUAAAAAAUGUUUAGCAUUAAAUUGUUUAUCGAAACUUCUUCGUCGUUAUUAUGAUAAGAAACUUGCGCAAAUAUGUUUUAAAAGGAAAAUAUUUGGUUCUUCUGGACAUAUUCGUCGUCCUACUAACGGUACUGUUGCCGAUAAUUAUAUUCAUCGUUCUGAUACACAACAUAUUUUUGAAGGACGAGGAAAAUGUGCUGUGAAAACAUCAAAUGCCAAAUUACAUACAACAAUUUAUGAAUUUUUGAUUCAGCGUGAAUAUUAUUCAAUGACAUUACAGCCUUCCGUGGCGUUGAUAAAUCAUUAUAAAUUAAAAAGUUGGGAAGAUUUUAUGGAAAAAUAUUCUAACCGAAAGAAUACAUCUGAUUGGGUGAUACCAGCGAAUUUUAGUGUUGAUAAUCCACCGUUAGGCUGGGAAUUUGGUCAUACAAAAGCAUAUAGAUUUAAUUUAACUACGAAUGACACAGCAUUUAAAGCUUUUCGACUAAGAUUUGAUAAAAAUAUAUAA